UUUGGAUGACUCAGCACAACAGGAAGCAGGAAGUGCUCUCAUGUAAGCACGUAUCUCUGUCACAGGGCUUUUGGUAGAGAGAGUAAACAAGGAGUGAGGUGUCAGAAUGGCCGGCAGGAUGUCUCUCCCAGAGGUGGACCUCUCCUGUCCCAUCUGCUGUGACAUCUUCAGGAACCCGGUGGUCCUCAAAUGCAGCCACAGCUUCUGUGCACCCUGCCUGCAGGAGUACUGGAGCGGGACAGGGGCACGGAGUCGAGACUGCCCUCUCUGCAGGUCCCAGAAUCUGGACGAACCCGUGCCCAGUCUCACCCUGAAGAACCUGUGUGAGUCUUACAUCCAGGAGAGCGAGGGUCUGGAGGAGGCAGGAGCAGAGCUGUACUGUGAUCCAGGGGAGAUGUGUCCUCUCCACGGGGAGAGGCUCAAGCUCUACUGCGUGCCGGAUAAGAUGCCAAUCUGUGUGGUUUGCCACACCUCAAGGAAGCACAAACAGCACGAUUGUUGCCCUAUCAGUGAGGCUGUGGCAGAUGUGAAGGAGCAGAUGAAGUCUGCCCUCAGCUCACUGCAGGAGAAGAGGGACACUUUUGACAAAAUGAAGAAAAACUACGAGGACACAGUGGCACACAUUCAGGUCCAGGCUCGGUUUGUGGAGAGGCGGACCCGGGAGGAGUUCGAGAAGCUUCACAGCUUCCUUAAUGCCGAGGAGGAGGCGAGGAUGGAGGCGCUGAGGAGAGAGGAGGAGCAGAAGAGUCGAGCCGUGAGGCAGAAGAUCGAAGAAAUGACCAGAAAUAUCGAGUCUGUGUCUGAAUCCAUCAGAGGUUUAGAGGAGGAGAUCGCUCUGGAGGGCAUCUCCAUCCUGCAUAACUGCAAGAGGACAUUGGCAAGCGCUGAAAGCCCAGUGGAAGAUCCAGUCAUGGCUCCAGAAACACUCUUAGAUGUGGCCAAAUAUCUGGGCUCUCUGAAUUACAACGUCUGGCAGAAGAUGCAUAAAAUGGUCAAAUACACUCCAGUGACCCUUGACCCCAACACGGCCGCCCCGUGGCUCGUCCUGUCAGACAGCCUCGACAGCGUCCACGACAGCGAGGAGAAGCAGAAGCUGCCCGACAACCCGGAGAGGUUCGACCCCGACACGGGUGUCCUGGGCCGCGAGAGCUUCACCUCGGGGAAGCACGCCUGGGACGUCAACGUGGGGGACAACACGGCGUGGGUGGUGGGCGUGGCCAAAGAGUCCGUCCAGAGGAAAGAGAAAGUGUCCUCGGUGCUGAAGAACGGCUACCUGUGCGUGUACUUCUACCACAAGAUGUACUUCGCAGGGACGUCUCCGCUAACGAGGCUGAACUUGAAGAGGAACCCGCAGAGGAUCAGGGUGCUGCUGGACUGUGACAAGGGCCGGGUGUGUUUCUACGACCCCCACGACAACACACACAUCUACACCUUCAAGCACGCCAUCGCUGAGAGGGUCCUCCCGUACUUCUGGGUGGGCUGCCAGCAGUGUCCUCUGACGGUGGAGCCGCAGGAGCUCUCUGUGUGCCCUGUUAACUAUUUCUGAAAGGAGAGGGAACUAUUUUUGAAUUUCAUAUGAAGAGAGAACUCUAGAAUCUAAAAUCAGAUUGCAUACAAUUCACACUUUCUUUCCUGGAUCAAUACAAUAUCAUACUUUUUUUUUCAGUUAAAAACAUAAUGAAUACUUUUCCUGUGCACUUUACAGUACGUAUUUGCAUACUUCAGUUCUGAUCUCUGCACUUUAAAUCACUACAAAAAUGUCCUGCUAUUUCCUUAACAUUGUUUUUGCAGUAUGAUAGUAUAGUGUGUGUGUGUGUGUGUGUGUGUGUGUUUUUAAAAAAUCGGAAAUAUGUCUGUUUGAUGGAUCAAAAAUGACUCAGAAUUUGCAUGUAAAACUUUAAAUGUUGCUUGGUUUAAUUUGAAAUGGAUUGCAAAAUAUGCAGUGUGUGCAAAUACUAGUGUUAAUCUAAAAAUAAAUAAUUUGCAAAUAUAA